UUAUAACGUGCAAAUUUGCAAAGAAAUCACAUUGACAUUUAGAAAUCAGUAUAGUGCUUAUUUGACUCUUGUAAUAUUACUCUUCACAUGACUUGCUUUAUUUCUUGGUCAUGUAUCAAGAGUGAACUGUCCUGAUUUUUUUAUCUACAUGCUGCAUUAGUUGUAAUAUUACAGCUGAGAUGAUGGACAUCAAAAACAUAAUGCUCCAGUUGUUCUGAAUUCCUCAAUUAUGUCCUGUGCAACUGGAGGAUGGUCUAAGCAUCUUAACAUAAGUCUUACAUAACAUUAUUGCCCCUGUAAAACUCUGUAUAAUAAAGCUGAGUAACUGACAGCUGUACCAUCAGACCAGGCCUCCCCUCCCCCCACACCCCUGGACAGAUGGCCGUCUGAUCUACAUAUUCCUCCACUACCCAGCUGCUCUUUUCUGCUCCUCCCGCCUGUAAAUCACUUUGUCGAUCCUCGCCAUCAUAGUAGGAAUAUUGAACAGUGGUUUACCCAACCCUCAUUUGAGCCCUGCUGGGUUUUCUAGGUCUCUCAACAUCUCUGCAGGCUUUGAUAUUGAUCAUUGUUUUCACAGCGUAUAUAACUCUUUCCCCCCUCCAUGUACUACAUAAGGUGUAGGUGCACACUCAAGUACGUAGUCAUGGACGUGCCGGACAGGGCUUAAUCAUCAACCCUAGCCUACGUGUACAUGCACAGUCUUGAUGCCGCUGCAACAACAACAACACAACAUCGUGCUGGUAGCAGCCGGGGUAUCUCCGUCAGUAGUCAAGGACAUAUGUGCUAGUUUCCCUCACGAAAUGGCUUCCUGACUCAAGCUGUUACCGCUGGCUUCAUCCUGAUUGUGUGGCUUUGGAUACAUACAUCUCAUCCAGUCUAUGUGUGUUCUUCCUAACCCCCUCUUUCUUCAGCCGCACUAGCUACAGUCUACCAAGAAACUUGCUGAGGAUUGAGCAAAGUUGAACAGAACAUUUUCAUCCCUGAUCACUUGUAUUUUGGAGCUCAGGGAAUUGACUAUCAUCAUAUGUUUUUUUAACUGCCUCGCCUGCUGCUGUUGUUGUUGCUGCACUGUUGUAUAGCCCUAUACCCACUGCAUCAGGCACCUGUUCCACCAGAAAACACGUCCUUAAGGUACCCGUAAAAGCUUCGGGGUGGCUGUCAACUCAAGCAGAACAUCGAUACCUUACACCCAGGAGAGUUAAGACUUAAUUACUACCCUAGUCACAAGCUGAAUGCCUGAAUGUGGCCCUAGGUAGACUCAGGAUCCAAGCUAAGGCUGGCUAAUAGCCUAGAUAUAGAGAAAAAGAGGGCUGUAUAGAUGAUCGCAUUUGCGAGUGUAUACAGUAAGCCAAUACAGUAUAUAGGCCUGUAUGCAUGACCUCGCUUAUCUGGAGUGACUCUGACUUGUAAUCUAGUUUGGCUGUGCAAACGUAACAUUAAGUUAAGCCCUAGUUAAGCUAUAUCACCAGAGGACCUAGUUCUAUUAAGGCCUGCAGUACUGUAUAUGGAAUGACAGCUAACCAGUACCCAACUGGCUACAUAGGCCAGGGAGGAGCCACUGCCCGGUGGUCCCUGGCACCCCGUGACAUGCUCGCCCACAGGGGCCUACCCGAUAGGUAUGAUGCCACGCCGAGGAUGCCGAUGAUACCUGGUCGACGCGGCAACUAUGCCAAGCCUGAUCUAAUCCCUUCUCCGACCAUGCACAGCCCCACUGACAGACGGACGUAUACGUCACGAGCCAUGCCGGCUGCUAGUCCCAACACUACAAGCAGUCAGUCGAGUACACACAGUCAAAACAUGGAGCAACUCAGUAAGACAAACCUCUACAUCAGGGGCCUGUCGGGCAACACCACAGACAAAGACCUCGUCAACAUGUGCCAACCAUACGGAAAAAUAACAUCAACUAAAGCAAUAAUAGACCAGCAAACACAGAAAUGUAAAGGUUAUGGUUUUGUGGACUUUGAGUCUCCACAAGCUGCUGAUGUGGCAGUCAAAUCUUUACAAGGCCAAGGAAUUCAAGCCCAGAUGGCAAAGCAACAAGAGCAAGAUCCGACAAAUUUAUACAUCGCAAAUCUGCCCAUAUUUUAUUCUGAAUCAGAGUUAGAGAGUAUGUUUAAAAGCUACGGAACCGUUAUAUCAACAAGGAUACUUCGAAAUCAAGAUGGAAUUAGCCGAGGCGUGGGAUUUGCAAGGAUGGAAUCAAAGGAAAAAUGUGAACAGAUCAUUUCUGCGUUUAAUGGAAAAAUUAUUCCAGGAGCAGCAGAAAAACUUUUAGUGAAAUUUGCUGAUGGCGGAAACAAGAAGAAAAAUCAAUUUCAACAGAAUAAAAUCUGGGGAGAUCGGGCAGAGCCAAUUUCCCUGGCCUAUGAACAGUCGCAACUUGCUCAAAAUGGUUUGUAUAUGCCUUACAGUGUCCCUACCCAGACGUUGGUAGGCCCAGGGAUGUUGUCACGCUACUCCAUGGCGACGACCCCUGCAACCUCGUACCAGGUCCAAUCAAACGCCGGCUGGGUCCACCCUCAUUACAUCAUGCAGCCCCAUAUGACGGCGAUGAUGCAUUCGAACAUGCCCCACGGGAGUUCUUCAUUGGACCAUAAUGGGAUCUUGCCCCCGCUGGCCAAUCAGAUGACUUCACUCUCUUUAGCCGGUGCCUCGUAUGUGCAAGGUCCACCCACAGGUUAUGCGCCCAUUCCAGGGAAUUACCAGCAGCAAGGAGGUGUAAUCCAAACAAUGUCUCUAGAGGAUCACAUGGGGGCUGAUGAGCAUCAGCAUCAUUACCAGUACAACCCGGCCAAGUAACAGCUGGAAAGGAAGCUUGCAUUGUUUCCCUUCAAGAUUGCAGAGAGACAUAGACCCCAGUACCUCAAGCUGUGAGCGGUGGGACUGUAAACCAUUUUCAAUUGUCCUGCAGUGGCUUGCAGGACAAAAUGAAGUGCAAAUUAUGUGAAAUGUUCAUAAAUGUGGAUUGAAAUAUGUAAAAUACUUUUACCAAACACUGAAAUGGUGUACAGAUGAUAAAUGAUGACUUGUACAGUUUGUGCUGUUAGUUUUUAGUGCAUCCCAAUUUUUGCCCUUCUAAUAGACUUUACCAGAGUGUAUAGACUACACCCAUUGUCACCUUUUAGACAUAGAUGCUGUUUUAACUAACUGGCAAUCAUGUGAUGUGUAGUGUAGGCCACAUUGUAGCCUCGCUGGCAAUGUUGCUAGGGUGGCAGUUUAGCCUCACCUGCAUGCGGCAACCAGAGUGGCUGGUUUUCAUCGUCACUGAACAAUCAUAUACCCAAACCCAAUAUGAGGAAAACAUGAUUUUGUUCAAAAUUGCAUUGCUGUGUUCGUUCUAUUUUUUUUUCAGCUGUCAUAAUUUGUCGGUUUUAAAAGCAGUGGAAUUUUUCAACUUUUUGAGUGUAUUGGAAGAAAGGAGCAGAUAAUCCUGCAAGAUUAUUGCUCACUUGCUGCGGCUGUACAAACCCAAAACGUACCGUAGCACAACUAACUAAUCUUAGUUCUACACAGCAUGAGACAUUUUUUUAAAUAAGAUUUAUACCAUUGGUACCCUAUAAAUUGUCAUAAAUUUUAAAAUUUUACUGAUAUCUUUUUUUUUUUUUCUUCACUAUUUUAUUUCUCUGUCAGUUUAAAGUUGUGGUUAUGUGUUUUAUAUGCUAUGGGGACUUCAUUGUUUGAUUUUCAAAGUUUUAUUGAGCUAUUUGUAAUUGUUAAGUUGCCUGUGAAAUCAAAGUCUAUGAUAAAUUAUUUUAAAGGGCCUGCUAAUACCCUUUACGUGUGGCGAUAAAUUACCUUUACAGACCUAGUAUGCGCGGAAGUACACGGUUUAUCUUGUGUUAACCACUGGUUAACACACACUCUGAGAAGGUCCUUAUACCUUGUACCAACAGUCAAAUAUCGACAAGCCAGAACAUGUUAAAAUGCAUGUUUUAUAUGUAUCCUGUACAAGUUCAACAUAUUGUUUUAACCAUACUAUCUUUUGGAAUAAAGCCAGCUCUAUUUCGCGGCCGAUUAUAAGGUUUUCAGGUAAUGUCUGAGCGUGUACAGCACAAGAAGGCUAGGGUUUUACCAAAUACAAAUGUUCAGCAGAGCAAGGAAAGAACACUGCUCAUUAUAUACAUGUAAUUGUUGGCAAUGGCUUCCAAACUAUGAUUAGAUAUUUCACCAUCAAAGUUUUUCACUCUUGUGCUUGCGUAAUAUAUUUAACUUUGAACUUGAUUUCCACGGCCCAGAAUUGAUUCGUUGUGUCCAGUACACGCUUUAGGACAUCUCGGCACAUCCAGGGAAACAUCUGGUCAACAUGGUCAAAUUAAGUCAAAUUCAGAAAUGAUGUUUGUAUUACAUUUUCUCUUUGUCAUAGUUAUUAGUACAUCAUGGCACUUGUUGUCGGAGCACAGUUUUCACCUCGCGUUUAAAGUGAAUAUUUUACGUGUAGAGAUGAAUGGAGGUAUGACAUGCUGUGUGUGUUUUCAUUCUGCCUAGCCGCACUCUUACCAUUUGGAGGUAUAAACGGUGUGCUAAUAAUAUCAGAAUUAUCACAUGAUUCGGUUAAGCUGGACAUCUGACAGUUAAAACAACGGAGAGAAAUUAAUUCGCAACAUAGUCCGUAAAAUCAUUGAAAAUUAAAUUUAUACGACCGCAAAAUAAAUAACGCGUAGCGGAAUUAAGUUAGAAUGGUUAUGAAUCCUCAACGUUUGAAGGCCAAAGCGUCUUGGAGUUAAGGGGCAUUUUCUUUUCCACAGUGUGGUGAAUGACUUUGUUGGCAUGGUGAGGGUAGAAGGCUGCACGUUUAGAGACGUAGACAACUUCAGUUUCUCCAGUUUUUUAGUUCUACUUGUACAAGUGGAUUUUUUAAAGGUUUAUUAGCGGUGAGAAAGCCUUGUACCAAGAUAAUGUCAUAUAAUUAUGUCACAGUCAUGUCAUGUAGUCAGGGACUGCUUUGACUCAAACAGACAGAAUGUCAAUGAACAACUCCAAAAGCAAUGACCUGUGGUUUAGGGCUCUCUUCAUUUGUUGGUUGGAUAGUCAAUAAGACGGGGAAUCGGUCCCAGGCACAUGUGGAAGUAGGUGCUAGACUUUCAAAUUGUAGUUAGGUGGUAUUUUUAUGUGAAGCCAGCAACAGUACACCAGAACUAUUGUGAUAUUGUGCGUGGCUACCUGCAAACUACAAAGACACGACAGCAAUGUUGUCUUGCAGUAACGUCCAUCGGUCGACUGGCCUUCCCUGUGUUUCCGUUAUGUGGUAAGGACGUGGACUGCUGUAGAGCCGUUUAGACCUGUUUUGGCUAAGUCAAAGAUGCCGUGAGCACACUACAAUAAGCGGAUAUAGCGUCUGAACCGGCGUCGUGCGAUGAACACCACAUUCGCAUCGACAGAACAGAGGGCAUACCUGUGUAAUUCCAAACUCAUUCAUUUAAUGGGUUUGACCCACCAGUGGCAUGGUGGCCCAAGUGUUUGUAGCUAAUGGUACAGUUCAUUUGUGACCAUUAAGCACUUAGAUUUCGGUGCCACCGAAAGCUGACGCAAGAGUCGUGUUGUUUUGGGGGCCAUCUUAACGGCAUUUUGUCCGCUUUAUUGGUAGCAAGCCCUUAAACCUGUACUGGUAAAUUUCUUUCGAAUUGUAGGCCAUAAAUACAUGAAAAUUUUAAUUUAACAAGCUGUAGAACAAGGAAAACCAUAGUGAUGAGAAAGGUUAGAUCUCCAAUGUCAUUAGAUAAGCCUGACAAAUCAUUUACAGCCUCGUCCGAUUCAAAAUUUUUUGGAAAUUAUGACAGGAUUCUUUAUCAGAUCCAUUUAUUUGGAGGGAAACCAAGAUGGAUAUGUAAUAUGGCAAGGUUGAUCUCUCAAAGAAGGGUCGUACGACAAUAUUCUAGGAUGGAUACAGUGUGCCUGUGCGUAAUCUGGGUGUCAACAUGAAACCAUGGCUUAAAAUGAGUAAAGUGGCAGGACUACAAAAUCAUACCAUGUAAAUACAAAUACCUCCGACGCUCUAGUAUUCCUACCGGUACUUUAUACUCUCUGUAAAUGUAUAUUUCAACACUUUGCUUUUUGCCUUCAGUAUAACCAGACCGAAGUAUACGUACAGUAUUCAUAUUACCUAUUAUGUAAAUUAUUACAAUAUUACGUUAUUGAUAGGCAUUGUCACUCUUGUGACUUUCUCUAUUACAAACUAUAUUCAUUACUCUGUUUUUUGGGCUCUAAUUCCAUGAUUGAUAUUAGUUUUUGAGAGAAUUUACAGUGUUUUUUCUGCCCGCGUGUUUUCAUUUCUCAGUGAAAGCGAUUUUUGCCGAAUCUGGGAAGUCGCGGAGACGAGGUAUAAUAAAGGUCCAAUAUGACCGGUCAGUUAUUCUAGAGGCGUAUCUUAACCAUAAAUAAUCCCAGAGACUAUUUUUAGACCUAUUGUUUAUGGACACAUGGUGCGGUGUGAGUGAAAGCGAAAGGGUGCCUUUUUAUUAACCAUGGUUUACAGUUAUAACUUAAUUAAUAAUAAUAAUUAAUACUGGCAUAUGUAUUUUCAUUGUCUAUUUGACUUCCAGGAAAUGGCGUAGGGGAUUCUUCUAAUUGAUAUGUUGACACUUCAUGGCAAUUUCUCGUUGUUGUGUUUUACCAUGCAGGAAUUUCCCCAUUCCGUUAUAGAGCUGCGUUGCACAAGGGGAUUUUUAUAGCGUUAUGGUAACACGUGAUGGUUUGGAACAAAUAUAUUAUGUGCGAUUUGUUCUCUGAAGAUCGUGUUGACCUGACAUUGUAUUUAAUGGGCAUUAUGGUGACGAACCUGUACUGACGUUCUGCAGCGCCCAUUUACGUGGGACGUUGCUGUUGGCUGUUGACUAGGGUGGUUUGUUUUCUUUGUUUAGCCACAUGUUGACUUAAUUGAGACCGUUGUAUUGGCAAGAGCAGGAAUCAUGGUAAUGUCGCGUUGAAAUGCAUCAUUUGUCAUGGCUUCUCGUUAGUGUUUGCCCUAAUUAAGUGAUGUACCCAUUUACCCCAUUACGAAAUUGUCACCAAGGAGGGAAUUGUUCACAGAUGUAGAGUCGAUGUUGUCAUUUAGGAAAGUUGCCAUUCAUAUAACCGGCUUCAAGGAGUAACUAUGUUAGGAUUGCUCAGAGUUAUCCUUUCAGUGAUGGGAUGUUCGGAUUCGAUGGAAUUGAUCAGGUAAAUUCAGUAUCGCUGAUGUAUCUAACUCAAGCGGAAUUCUCCGCAUAAACAGGUAGACUUAUAUGGAUGCUUUGAAUGACUUUGAAAAGCGGAAGUGGAGAGACACAUGUUUGGAAUGGGGAACCGUUUUACGGGCAUCGGACAAGUUUUUGCUUAUCUUUGUACAUACGUUUGAUCUCUUGAUCUAUUUUUUAUCGUGGAAAUGGUCGGAGGAAAAUGACGAAGCAGGGUCCUUCAAGUGAACUGUUUCCUCUUUUUGGAAGCCAUCAUGUCGCGCCUCGGACAUGUGUCUUAUCACGUGUUGCACUCACGUGACCUGUUAAGGCCGCAUUGUUUUGAGUGAGGUUCAUCCUUAAUUAAUAUGUUUUAGUUUAUUUUAGUGAUAAAAAUGCUGAUGUGGAGAAAUGUACCACUGAAUUAGAAAGCAAUAGAAGAUAUAGGUAAUAUAUUGGAAAUUUUUGGUCUUUGAAUUCGUGCGCAAUAACACGCUAUUGCGUUAUACCUCAAACGUUGGUGUACCUAAUGUUCUGUUAACAUGUUCUUGUUAUUGCUACUUUUAACAUUAGCUGCGGUAUUCAGAUUACCAAAUUUCGAUUGUAUUGCGAACAUAACAUUCAGUAUGUUCUCUUGUGUCUGUUUUUCUUUUUUU